AUGUCAGAGACCAAGCGGCCAGUGGGCCUGUUGUUUGACAUUGGAGGAGUGUGUGUUGUAUCGCCGUUCCAGGCCAUCCUCGACUAUGAGAUUGCGCAAAAUAUUCCUCCAGGAUGGGUCAAUUUUAGCAUCUCGCGAACAUCACCGAACGGUAGCUGGCACAAGCUCGAACGAGGCGACAUCAAGAUGGAUGCCGAAUUCUUUGCAGGGUUCAAUGCGGACCUUCGCAAUCCCAACCUCUGGAAACAGUUCCACCAACAACUUCAGCAAAAGCAAGGCACAAGUGGGUCGGCUAUCCCACCACUGCCAAAGGUCGAUGCCGAGUGGCUUUUCUGGGAGAUGAUGCGGGUAUCACGCACACCGGACCGAUACAUGUACCCAGCUCUGAAGAAACUCAGAGAAUCGGGUCAGUUCCUGUUGGGUGCGCUGUCCAACACCGUUAUAUUCCCCGACGGACACGAAUACAAUAAUACGUCCGAUGUGAAGAAACAAUUUGACUUCUUUAUCUCAUCGGCACACACGGGUCUGCGAAAACCCGACCCGAAGAUCUACCAGGUGGCAUUACAGGAGAUGGACACUUUGGCUAAGCAGCGGGGACUACCUGGAACAAAUCCCAAUGAUAUUGUAUUUUUCGAUGACAUUGGUGAGAAUUUGAAAGGGGCAAAGAAUGCUGGUCUUCGUACUGUCAAAGUUACUCUUGGAAAAACUCAAGAUGCGGUCAAAGAGCUGGAGAAGCUGACUGGUCUUCAAUUGUUAGAUGAAGACAAGGCACGAUUGUGA